UGGCAGCACUGCAAUACAACGUGCGCAAUUGUUUGGCGUGGAUAUAUUUCUGUAAUCGCCUUAAACCCUGUAUAUAAUGAUUUCAAACCCCUGAGAUAAGCAGAAAGUACGUCAUGAGCAUCUAUCACGACGAGGUGGAAAUCGAGGACUUUGAGUACGACGAGGAAGAGGAGAUGUACUACUAUCCCUGUCCCUGCGGCGAUCGAUUUCAGAUCUCCAAGGAGGAGCUGAUCGAGGGCGAGGAGGUGGCCACCUGUCCCAGCUGCUCGCUAGUCAUCAAGGUCAUUUACGAUCCGGAUAUGUUCAAAGCUGAGGAAGAUGAGGAAUCCGCUCUGAACGAAAAACUUAGCGACUUGAAGCUGGAGAAGAACUAACACAAGCCAUAUGGUGUAAUUAAAUAGUUUUUAUUUAUAUACUUUUAUAUAUAGAUUUCAUUUUAGUGUAAAUAAUACGUUGACUAGUAAAACAAUGAAUUCAAAUUAUGCAAGCUCGCGGGAAA